UAUUGCACAAGAUGGCGACUUACCCGAAGAAAAAACGUGUUGAUCUGGAGGAAAAAGAGACCGAUUCCAGCGAUGGUCAGGAGGAAAUGGACGAUGAGAAUAUCGGAGAUGAUGACGAUGACUUUUUAGAAUCCUCUGAUGAAGAAGUAAAUGAGGAAGUUGAGAUUGAAUUUGAAGCAUUUCCCCCUCAAGAUAACGACUUUCAUGGCAUCAAGCGUCUUCUUCAGCAUCUUUUUUCAAGGACCAAAGUAAACACCAGUCAACUCACUGAUCUCAUACUAUCCCAGAACCAUGUUGGUUGUGUAUUAAAGCAAAGUGAUGAUCAACUUGUAGAAGAGAGUGAUUCUGAUGAUGAUAAUGAUGAUGAUGUUUUUGGAUUCACGACAGUACUGAACAUUAUUGAGAAGAAGAACACUGAAUGCAUCCAAGAAAUUCACAAGCUCAUUGUGGAUAAAUGUUCCACAUGCAACUCAGAAGCGGAGGUCAAUGAACUCUCCCAGAUUCUUGGGGAUGAUUCCCGGAACGUCGGUCUUCUGCUGUGUGAACGCUUCGUCAACAUCCCUCCUCAACUUGCUCCUCCUCUUCAUAGUAGCCUUCAAAAUGACAUAAGAAUAGCAGGAGCAAAAAACCCACAGAUGAAGUUUGACUACUAUCUCUUAAUGAGCAGAGCAUACCAGCAACCACAGCUUCCAUCUUCAAAGAAAAAGACUAAAGCUCAAGACAUCAAUGAAUGGAUUUUUACCAACGCUGAAGAUGGUAUCUUUUUCAAAGAGUCUGUCCUCACCCUACACUACCCAAGUCAAAUUGACCAGGCCGGAGCUGUCGAUGGGAAAUGGAAGGAUGACGAUACAGAGAUGAAAACAUUUAGAGUCGUCAUGGUUGUACCUGCAAGCAAAAUGAACAAUAUACUCGCAGAGAUACAGGAGGCGUUUGCUGUAUGAUAUAUCAAGUGAUGAUAGACUGAUAAUAUGGACAGAUUUUUACCUGCUUUGCUUUGGAACAGCCAUUGGAUGGAUAUUGUUGUCACUGUGGUAGAAGACAUUUUGGGAGAAAGAAGGGAUAUUUCUUUUCUCUGCUCUGCUUCCUUUCUCCUUUGACACUAGUAUAUUUUCACAAAUGUUUCAUAUUUCAUGCGCAACUGGGACCUGUUCUUCGGUAUUUAGCAAUGUAAGCCAACCAAAUAUGGAGCACUUAUCACUGAUAUGUAAUUAUCAUCAUAAUCAUAUAUUAGUCAUAAUUAUUUUAUAAAAUGUUUUAGAUAGGUAGUCAUAGCAAAAGGGAAAUUAUCAUGAAAAGAUCCAUACAAGUGAUAAUCUUGUAUUCCCUCAUGUUUUCUGGUGACUUUCUAGUAAAGUAUGACUGUAUAGCAUCCACCUCAUCGAUGCAACACUACUGACAUUCAAUGCUCACUGAUGAGCAACAUUUUAUAUUUUUAUCUAAAAUUUAAUAUUAAAUUCCAUGAUAUUGUAAAUAAUUCUGAAACAUGUUCAAAUGAAUGUCAUUUACCAUAUGCUUGAAGGGUAAGUGAACCAAAUCAAAAAGUAGAUUCAAUAAAUGGAGAAAAAUCAAAGAAGUAUAAUGCUGACAAUUUCAUCAAAAUCCAAGAUUAAAUAAGAAAGUUAUGGCAUCAAUUUCUGUUUAUUUUCAGGAAUAGUUCAAUGCACAACACAAAUGAAAUGGGAACAAGAAAGUAGAUGAUGCAACAAACUCACCAUUUGUUUUGUAUUUUAUUAUAUGAAGUGUAGAAUAUUUCAAAUUUUACAGAUUUGACAAUGAGCAUCUACUUUGAUUUACAACAAUUUGCAAUGAUGGAAAACCAACAUAUUCAAGGAAGAAGUAAUCUUUUUUUCACAUUAUAAUGAAAUAAUAAUAAAGAUUUUUCACAUUUCAUAAACACAUGGGUGGGUGACGUCAUCAGUCCCCUCAUUUGCAUGCUGACCAGGAUGUGAAUAUAACUGUUUUGUGAAAAAUAAACAAAACUGAGAAAUGUCACAACUUUCGUACUAAUAUUAUACAUACAAUUUUAAUGAAACUUUCAGUAGUAUGCUAUUUUUAUUUUCUCUUCUCAUUUAAAUCAACUUAUUUUUGUGGUUAGGCUUACCCCUUAAAUUGUUUAUACAUGACACACAAAAAAGGAGAGCCUAUAUAUUUGAGUACAAGUAUCCUAGUGAACCAGUCAUUGGUAUAAUGUCUAAACCUAUACUUUGUUUGGAAUGUGUAAAUUUUCAAUUAUGACAUUGAAAUUGAUAUGAUAUUGACAGAACUUCUUUACACAAUUGUCAUGCUACAUCCAGAAAUGAUCAUGUCUGAACCUUUUGUUGAUUUCAAACAUAUUGCAUUUUAACCUAUCUUUCCCUUUUUAUGAGGAUCACAAUAAGCUUUGCUUUUACUUGCAAAUAUAAUGUAUUCUUUUAAAUAUUGUCUCUAUAAUUAUGUGUAGUUACAGAAAUACAGUGCAUCCUACAAAAAAGGAAACAAUUCCUGGUUAUAUUUUUCAACAUAGCAUUUUUCACUUAAAUAUUCAUAAAAUUAAGCUUUUCUUCAUUUUGAUAUAUAUUAUAUGAAAAGCUCACACAUAGAUGAUCUAGAACAUCAAAAACCCAGCUGCGCAGAAAAAUAGGUUGAGAUUUGAUAAGGUUGCAAUCAUUUUGUGAUAGAAAGGGAUGGCUUGUUGGCAUAUCCUUUGUAUUCUUUCUUAAUCUUCUUUCUCUAAUCUCGCAAAUCGUUUCUGACAUGCCUCAGUUUUACUCUGUAAUGCAUGAACAAUCCACUAAUUAUUUGCACACCAAUCAAAGAAGACGUAUCAUUCUUACUAUAAAUGUUAAAUUUAUGAUCUAAACAUAUUCAAUGAUUGUGAUGUCUAGCUUUAGAGAUGGGUUUCCCUUUUUGUAGGAUGCACUGUUUAAUUCAAUUACAAUCUUGAUAUUAAGUAAAUGUCAACAAACAUAGUUCACUUGUGUAGAUCUUCAAGAAUUAUAAGCUCGUUAAGUUCUA